AAACAAAAUUUGAGGAUGCCAGGUGUUUGUGAUGAAAUUAUAGACGACAUAGAAGAUUUGAUAUCUUCCCAGGAUAUAACUCCUAAAGAACGUUACGCUAGUAGGAAGAAUGUAAGCGUCCGAUCUAAAAAGAGGGAGAAAAAAGACCCCGAACAGAUUGAAAAGGUUAUAUUAGAGAGUGUUGUACCAGGCACACAAACAAUAUAUGUAAAAACAUGGGGCUGUGCUCAUAACAACUCAGAUUCAGAGUACAUGGCCGGACUCCUGGCUGCUAAUGGCUACAAAUUGACAGAAGACAAAUGGGAUGCGCAACUUUGGUUGUUGAAUUCAUGUACUGUAAAGAGCCCGGCUGAGGAUCAUUUCAAGAAUGAAAUUGAACUUGGCCAGAGUCGCGGCAUACAUGUUGUUGUAGCAGGCUGUGUACCGCAGGGCGCACCAAAAAGUGGCUACCUACACGGACUCAGUAUAGUUGGUGUACAACAGAUUGACAGAAUAGUGGAGGUCGUGGAGGAGACUUUGAAAGGUCACACAGUCCGUCUGUUUGGUCAAAGGAAAACAAACGGCCGUAAAGCGGGUGGGGCUUCACUGCUCCUGCCCAAAGUGCGAAAGAAUCCUUUAGUCGAGAUCAUAGCCGUGAACACGGGCUGCCUGAAUCAGUGCACAUACUGCAAGACCAAGCACGCCAGAGGAGAGCUGGGCAGCUACCCUCCGGAAGAGAUCGUGGAGAGAGCACGACAGUCGUUCACCGAGGGAGUUGUGGAGAUAUGGCUUACAAGCGAGGAUACAGGAACCUACGGUCGUGACAUAGGAACAUCUCUGCCUGCCCUGCUCGAUGCGCUAGUAUCAGUGAUACCGGAGGGCACGAGGCUCCGUCUGGGCAUGACCAACCCUCCCUACAUCCUGGAACACCUGCCCGCUGUCGCGAGGAUCAUGAGGCACCCCAGAGUCUACAAGUUUCUCCACGUCCCUGUGCAGUCGGCCAGUGACCAGGUACUGUCUGACAUGAAGAGGGAAUACACGCGAGCCGACUUCGAACACGUGGUCGACUAUCUCAGGAAAGAAGUUCCCGGCAUCACGAUAGCCACAGAUAUCAUCUGCGGCUUCCCCACCGAGACCGAAGUCGACUUUGAGGAGACCAUGCAGCUCUGCAGAAAGUACAAGUUCCCCUCGUUGUUCAUCAACCAGUUCUUCCCGAGACCCGGGACGCCGGCCGCCAAGAUGACCAGGGUGCCUGGUCAAGAAGUAAAAAAACGCACAAAAUUACUGUCGGACUUCUUCAGGUCGUACGAACCUUACGGUCACAAGGUGGGGGAGACGCAGGAGGUGCUGGUGACCGACGUCUCACACGACAAGAACUACUUUGUCGGCCACAACGAGUUCUACGAGCAAGUACUGAUACCUAAGGAGGAGAAGUACAUGGGGAAAUUAGUUACAGUGAAGAUUACGAGCGCCAGUAAAUUCUCUAUGAUGGGUCAGCCCAUAGACAAACCUAAGAUGGCGGGCUUGACGGUGCCUUUGAAGAAAGGAGAGCUUUCCGGUGUCUAUGGUUUGAAAAGGGAAAAUAAAAUACCUAUCCCUAUACUUGUGCUGUUGAUGGUUGUCUUAGCUAGAUUUAUAUGGAUGUUUUUUAUAGUUUAAUUUUAAUAAACAAUUUUA